AUGUCUGCUCUGCUCCCCAGCGCAAAAGUGGUCGGUGUUGACAUUACUCCUGUUCCCGCACCUGCACUUGCUGCUGCCUCGUCUAAUCUGCAAUGGGAGACUGGUAAUAUUAUAGAUGUGGACAUGAAGAAGCAGGCGGACAGCCUCAGCCGUGCUACUUUUUUUGGACGCAUGUUGUUCCUGGUUAUCAACGACUGGCACAAGUACUUCCAGGUUGCCAGCCUCAUGCUUCAGGACCAAGGCAUCUUAGAGCAUCAGGACCUGCAUUGGAAGUUAUAUCGUGUCGGUACCGACGAAUGCCUCAGCGAUAACUGGAAAUGGUACUCCCGGCUCAUGGAAGCCGUCAAGAAGGCCGGCCUAUCCGGAAUUUCUGGAUCCAAUGCGGCCUCUCUCAUGGAGACGGCUGGUCUGAAAGUUAUUGAAGCUCGGAAGUUUGAGGUUUCACGAUUUGUCCCUGUUGGGUGGUAA